AUAGUAUAGAUCCCAUAAGUAAAAACUCAAGCAGGCGGACAAUUAAGAUAAAAACCAAAUAAAAAUUCCCAGUAUUCCAAUUCGCACACCUUAUGAUAUUUAUAGCCAAGAAAGUAAGCUUCCUGGCCUUAUCGAUAUUUGUUGGAUAUGUUUGACCGAAGUUCGAUUCGCAUCGAUGGUUCCAUCGGUUCCAGAGUAUCCAGUUUCACAGAGCGCCACCACCGACGAGUCCAGCAGAGUCGCAACAAGUUGUACCUCCAUCGUCUGAGUCGAGCCACCAGUUUGGUGCACCAGCGACCGCCCCUGCUGAACGCCAAGACACUGUCCGGAUUCGAUGUUCUGCACGAGGAUGCCCGCAUCUUUCUGGAGCGGACCAACGCGAAUGUGCGCCUGCUGCUGAACCUGUCGAAGAUCAAGCGAACUAGAGGCACCAUUGACUUUGUGGAGGGGCCACCUGUCGUCCCCCAAUCAGCCCUUCCACAAAUGCUGCACAGGGUGGACCUAGUACAGCGUCACAAUCUUCUGUUGGGCCGCCGCCUGAUGAGGAUCCAUGAGCGGAAGCGUGGAGCCGUCCAGCGGAAGCGCUCCAGCUGGCAAUCGCAGACGAGUAGCCUAAAGUGUCCCAGUGUAAUGACCAAUCGGUCCUCUCUCGCCGAUAGUGAGGUGUUCAAGAAGUACAUUGGCUGGGAUCUGGACAUGCCCGAGGAAAACUUCGAGCUGAUGAGACUGCUGCGGCCCAGGAUUGUGCUGCACUUUGGCCUGAUGGACGGCAGGCCGUUGGGCCAAGUGGUGGUGCAGCUAUAUACAGAGGCUGCGCCGCUGGUGGUGCUGCAGUUCGUCCGCACUUGCCUGGCCCAGCGGUCGCACGAGUUCGCCGUGCGACGGAUCUUUCCCCGUCUGUGGGUGGAGGGCUAUCUCCUGAGCAGCUGUAAAAACAGCAGAGGCGAAGCAUCCUCCUUGAGCUAUCGUGACCCCAUGGAGUUCGACACGCGCGUGGUGAGCCACGCUCGCUUCGGUUGCGUCUUGUCCUGCGCCAAGGAGUUCUGUGUCCACGGAUUCCCCGGCGGAGCCAUCAACUUUAGCAUCAGUUUCAAGCCCCUGCCGGUGGCCAUGGGUCAGCGCGUGGGCUUCGGCCGGGUGAUACGCGGCGACAAGGUCAUCGAGGCCAUGGAGGCUCAUGGUACCAAGAAUGGCAAAAUCAGCCGGCCACUGCUCAUCACCCACUGCGAAAUGCUAUAGGAAACGAUGGGGUUUCUGGGGUACUUCUGGUUUUAUAACGCACGGAAUCUGAAUCGUGAAUGAAUGAUUCCUUGCGGACUGGAACCAGAAGUCCUGCAGAGGCUUCUUGAAUGAUUUGAAGUUUCGGAGAUCAGAGAUGCAUUUAAACUUUUAACCACUGCUGGAAUACACCAGUAUUCGUUUUAAACUCCCUUCAAUAAAAUUCCGUAUGAUUUUU